UACACCUCCUCCUGGUCGGAUAAGUAUGCACUAACUGCCCUUCUGGCCUGUUCUGUAUAGACUCACCUGACAGCUUGACGGUUGAGAAGAAGUGAUAAGAAACGAGAAAUUAAGUAAGAUUAGUCAAAGGUAUUUAGAAGACCUGACAAAAGAAGAGAAACUAAGCACGAACAAAAGCAGCUACCCGUCUCACCACCUCGGAUCAUGUCGCUGUCAAAGCCAGAGGACCAGCUAGCCUACGAGCUGAGCUGUCCCAUCUGCCUUCAGCUCUACUCGGACCCGGUGGCUCUCCCCUGUGGGCACAACUACUGUCUAUUCUGUAUCCGCAAAACUAUUGACAGCACGGAUAAGACUGGCAAAAUCCUGCCGCGCUGCCCAGAAUGUCGUGAGGAGUAUCCUGGCACGGAUAACCUGCAGAUAAAUUUCAAACUUCGCAGCAUCAUUGAGAACUACAAGGCCACCGCGCUGCUGCUGAACAUGCAAGCCGACUGCGUGGAUACCAAAAUGGAGGUUUUCUGCGAUCAGUGCAUAGAUGAGCAGUCGCCCGCCGUGAAGACCUGCCUGAAGUGUGAGGUGUCUCUCUGCUCCAGACACCUUCAGAAACACCACAAGAAGGAGUUGUUCAGGACCCACCCCGUGGUGGAGCCCACGACGGAGCUGAGAGUGAAGGCCUGUGCCAUCCACCAGCGUCCCCUUGAGUACUUUUGUUCCAACGACAUGAUGUCUCUGUGCACCACGUGCGUCGUAGAGGGUCAUCACGAGAGCCACGACGUUCUCAUCUUUAGCGUAGCUGAAGAGGAGAUGAGACGAGCGCUGGAGGCCCGAAAUAAGGUCAUUUCUAGCAGACUGCAGCUGACAGAGGGACUCCUGCAGAAGACAGCAGAGGAUCAGGGAACCUCUGAAGCUGUAGGAGAAAAAAUGGUCAGCAAGGCUGUGACAGUCAUGGACAGCAUAGGUGCUCUGGUGGACAGGUACAGGGAUCGCCUGCUUUUGCUCUUGGAGGAGGAGAGAGGACAGCGCCGCAAAAGCUGGCAGCUAGGCGUGAGUGCACUUGAGGAGCAGCAGCAGCAGCUGAUGGAGGCCCAAAAGAGUGCCACAGAGGUCCUCAAUGAGACGGACACAUGCAUCUUUAUACACAGGUUCAUGCAGAUUGAACAAAAGCUGAGACAUGUUGUCACCAGUGCCAUUUCCUCCAACAUCCCCUCAAAGGCUCCACUCAAUAAUAUGUGCCUGCAGGGAGGUCUCAAAACCCAAGACUUCUGCACAGAAAUGACCCGCCUCAUGGAUUCUCUUCAUAUCCUCCUCAACCCACUGGAACUCACCUUCAGCAUCUUCACCGCCCACCCCAACCUGCUGGUGUCCAACGAUCUGCGCACAGUCAAAUACAGCUCCAACAAGCAGUCGUACCCGGAGCACCCCGAGCGUUUCACGAGUGCACCUCAGAUCCUGUGCAGCCAGGGUUUCUCUGGCGGCGAGCAUGUAUGGGUUGUAGAAGUGGGACCCAAUAGCAUGUGGUCAUUGGGCGUGUGCUACAAGAGCAUUCCUCGCCGUGGUGACCACAGCCGUCUGGGGCACAACACUGUGUCCUGGAGGCUGCAGUGGAAAAACGGCAAGCUGACAGUGUGCCAGUGCUCCUCAAAUGUGGUCCUUAAGGAAGUGACCACACCACCGGUCAAGAUUGAGGUUGCACUGGAUUACGAGGGGGGAACUUUGACGUUCCACAGCACCAAAGGGCGCAGGGAACAUCUCCACACCUUAAAGGCUGUGUUUAAAGAGCCUGUUUACCCGGUAUUCAGUAUACUUUCAAACACACCAGACUCCUGGAUCACACUGAGCAGUGGGAUGUGAAUACAUCCUGCAUAGAAAUUGCUUGGGUAGUCAGCCAAGUGAACUGCCUUCCAGCUAACACAAAAACCCGCAAUACGUCUGCUGCCUUGCAUUGGUGCAUUGUAUAAAUUUAGCAUUACAAUCACAUGAGAUUGUUUACAAAAAUGUGUUAUUCAUGUUUUGGGUGUUUUAAUAGAGUACAUUUAUCAAUACAGGCGCCUACUACUUUUGUGAGAUCUUGAGGCAUAAACAUUUAUGUCACAAGAUCAUGUUUCCAUUUUGUGUGUUUUGUAAAUGUUAUUGGAACGUGUUGAAUGUUGUGUUUCCUCCCCAUACAGUAAACACUGCUGUGCGCAGACGCUGACAUUUAGGCAUAAACCGAGACAUGUUUUGUGUUUAUUCUAUAAAUAAACUUAUC